AAAAAUUAGAAAUUGAUUCACUCAAUUUUUUUCUUUUCUAAAAUUCAAUGUCAUGUCAGAUUUGAAUUUUGUAGGAUAAGAAAUGGAGGAAGAUACAACCAUCGCUGUCGUUGGAAUUGGCUGUAUCUUUCCUGGGGCGGACAAUAUAGAAGAAUUCUGGAGGGUUCUUGUAAAUGGAGAAGAUCACGUCCAGGAUAUCCCCCCUGACAGAUUCAAUGUUGAUGCGUUUUACGACCCCAAUCCAGACAGCCCACGUAAAACUUACGUCAGAAAAGCUGGACUCGUAAAAAGCUUCAAUGAAUGGGACAAUAAAUUCUUUGGGAUUAGCGACAAAGAGGCUGAACUCGUCGAUCCGCAACAACGUUUUGUACUGGAAGCAGUUCACAUGGCUCUUGAGGAUGGUGGAAUAACCCGAGAAAGAUUAAAUGGUUCUGAAACCGGUGUCUACAUCGGUGCCAUGAAUCAUGACUGGGAUUGCCUACUGCGUUCGGCCAAACAAAACAGUACUAAUACAACAGUAACAGGGGCAGACAGUAGUAUCCUCUCGGCAAGAGUGGCAUACUUCUACAAUCUCCUUGGUCCAGCGAUGACAAUAGAAACUGCUUGUUCUUCCUCUAUGGUUGCCAUACAUACAGCAUCACAGGCUUUACGGAACGGCGAGAUAUCAAUGGCCAUCGCUGGUGGUGUCAGCUUUAUUCUCGAUCCAGAAAGUUUUAUAAACCUAUCAUCUGCAAGGAUGGCAUCGCCAACAGGAAAAUGUCAUACGUUUUCAAAAGAUGCUGAUGGAUAUGCCCGCGGAGAAGGGUGUGGCAUCGUUAUAUUAAAGAAACUUGCUGAUGCCAUCAAAGACGGAAAUAAAAUAUGGGGAACGAUUUUUACAUGGCUUAAUCAAGAUGGUCAUUUGAGUUCUCCAAUAACUUCUCCAUCUGGUGAGCAGCAAGAAAAGCUAGUGGAAACAAUUUACAGAAAAAGCAAUAUUCCACCAAGUUCUGUGCAAUACAUAGAAGCCCAUGGAACCGGGACAUCUGUUGGAGAUUUUACAGAGGUAAACGCAUUAGGAGCAUUCUUUUCAAAAUAUGCAUCACAAAAAAUACCAAUAGGAUCUGUUAAAACAAACAUCGGUCACUUAGAAUCUGGUGCAGGUGCUGCAGCUUUGAUCAAAGUACUCUUGAUGAUGGAAAAAGAACUCUUUGUUCCGUCAAUUCAUGCCGAAUCAUUGAAUCCAAAAAUUGCUUUCGAGGAAUGCAAGCUGAAAGUAUGCAAAUCAGUCGGAAAAUGGCCAGAAAAUGAGAACGGAAACAGGAUAGCAUCCAUUAAUUGUUUUGGCUUCGGUGGUACCAAUUCUCAUGCAGUAAUAAAAGGUUAUCAUAGAAAAGACAACAUGGAUUCACAAAACAUGAACACUUGUCUUAGCCUAAAAAAGUAUGUAAUCUUAUCCGCUGAGGAUCUGAUUUCACUAUACAAUAUUGCAAAGCACACAAUAAU